AUGUCUGGACGUAGCGCUCACGUGCGCAAGAAGAUCAACACGGAGGCCACGAAGGACGGCAAGUCAGCAUCGCGGAGUCGAGCCAAGUCAGCCGCCAGCCACGACCGCGACGAUGUCACCAUUUCCGACUUUCCCAUGCCCGGGAAUUCCCUUCCUGUUGGCACCGGUGUCGGCACGACCAAUGCGCGGUUCCUGAAAUUCUCGGAGCCCGCGCGAGACAUGGACCACGGCUCGGACCUCCGCAACAUCAGCACAAUGAGCAUCAGCAGCGGCGGUAGCGGAGCCAGCGCCGAGCGCAGAGACCAGCAUGACUACGGCUAUCGGGGCCCGAGGAGGCCCAAUCUUAAGACGGAAGACGUUUCUGGCAUUGAGAAGUCGGGGUUUCGAAACAUCCUCGACAAGAAGAGCGAUGAUGUCAGGAAAGGGCUCGCCAAGACGUUCACGUUCAGGCGGAAGGACAAGGAGGAAAGGCGCAGCAGCGUAGACCAAUCUUCCGAGCAUCGGCCCAACUCGGUCGCGACGGUGCGACCACAGGCCUACAGCGGCAACAACGAACCAGAACCGCGCGUGUACGAGGGCAUCAUCGGGAGUGGUCCUUAUGCCCCCGGGCCGGUGCAACGACAGCAACAACAGCAACAACAGCAGCAGCAGCAGCAGCAGCAGCAGCAGCAGCAGCAGCAGCAGAGCCUGGCCCAGGAGCAGCCAGCCCCGUGGGAAGGCCCUACGGCGAUGGUGCCACCACCAACCAGCAAGCUGCCGCCCAUUCCACCGCCGACGAUGGCGCCAGCUAUCAGGCGCUGGAUCGGCGGCGGAAGGCCGGUACAGCGCUGGAACAAACUACGCAAGGAUCCCGAGCUGUGGGAUCCCAAUGGCGAUGUGCUCAUCUUCUUCGGACACAAAGGCCAGACGCCGCGACCGAAUCCGUCCUUCCGUCUGUCAUCGCACAUCAUUGAGGCGACAGAGUCACGUCAACUGAUUACCAUGCUGCGAGAGGGGUCUACCGAAGAGGAUAUUUACCUGCCUCCCUCGCCACUUGGCGCGCCGCCCAUGCUACGCUUCGACGGCCGGCGCGGUGGCCAAGCGACGGGAAGGGGAGGGCAUCCUACGCCACCCGUGUCGGAGGACAACAGCUUCGGCGAGGCAGACGGCCAGAUCUCAUAUGAGAUGUACUUUCCUACGCCUUCGAAUAUGAACAAGACGGAUCAACUACGCCACCACAUCACGACGCGCAAUGUCUUUGCUUUGCUUUACCAUGCGUCCAUUGUCGGCAUCACUUUAUGCCAAGCCCUGACCGACCUUCAUAUCCGACUCAAUGCCUACCUCCCUGCUGAUGCCGACAACGUCUCGACUAUCAUCAAGUACCUCACGGCACGAGGCAUCGAUGAUGUUCGCAACGACGCUGAAACGGCAGUCGGUCUUUUGGCGUGGUCAGAGGGCGCCGACGUGCGGUGGGAGGACGGGUGGAAAGAGAGCUUUCCCCACUGCGCCGGCAUGUACAACCAGCUGGAAGAGUGUGCCGACUUCAAGAGCCUCACGCCGAUUACCAGGGCGCUUCUGGAGCGGGCAUGCCUCGAAACACAGUUGCGGGUGCAGGCUGCCGAAGAACGCCUCGUGGACCUGCAGAUCCACGACAUGUGGCCAACUUCGGGCCCCCUCGCCCAGAGUCCGGCCAAGGCGGCUGCAGACAGGCUGCAAAAGUUUCUGCUUGGUCACUACACUCGCAUCUACGGAUGCUGGCCGCCGCCGCCGCAGCAGCAGGAAGAGGAGGACGACGAAGACAUGUGGCUCACCCGGGGCGUCACGCAGGCGCUGCAACGCGAUUUUGGGGCACUGUACGACUAUCUGGUCAACCGCGACAUUGUCUGGGAUGGGUCGGAGGCGCGCGCCGGACGGAAAUGGAUCAUGGUCAGCGAGUCAGGCAACCGUGGGUUCGAUGCGGAUGACGCUGAGCUGCCCAUGACGGACAUUCUUGUCGAGUUUGACAACCGCAUGCGCUUUCCGAGGAUCCCUCACCCAUACCCACUCGUACCAGAGUCGAUUCCGCCGACUGGCGGCGGUGGAGGCGGUCGAGAGGGAUCGUCGUCCAUGUUCAAGAGCUCGCGCAAGUCGACGGCGUCUACUUCGAGGGGCGGAGCACUCGAGAGGCGGGUCCAGCUGGCGUACACAGAGGCGACAAAUAUCUACAUUCUCGGCUCUGAGUUUACGCAAUCAGAUCUCAUCGAUGGCUUUGUCAAGUUUGAGAAGACAGAUGCCGUGGGUGAGGUGGAUCCUGCUGUCGCGAGACGCGGACGGUGGGUGCUCGUGUACGGAAUCCUCCAGAUUCUGGCGAGCAUUUCGGUCGAUGCGCCGGGCGUGCGUUACCGCGACGACGUGACCUACCAUCUGUCGGUGCGACUCCGCGGAGCCAAGGUGCCACCGUGGAAGGGCGCCUCCGGGUCGACGUCACAGGUUCGGAGCAUGGAGGAGGCGGCGCAUGAGCUGUCGCACUGCUGGAUCGCGCCGCGUACGUGGAAGGGCGAAGAUGACGGAGGGCCGCCGUCGAGUAGUGGGGGCAGAAAGCUAAGGAGGCUCGGAUAA